GGGUGUCUCGGAGAGAUUAGUGCCUCAAUUGCGAUCGGUAGAAAGCGAUCUAGAUCUCUGGGGAUGGCAGGCCCAAGGGACCGUACAUCCCCCUACGGGGGAUCCCUACGGGAAUAUGAUUGCCCCAGGUAUCCGGGGUAUCAUUGUGGAGGGUCUCCCCUGGUGA